GCAAUCCUACCGUUUGCCGCCAUUUGUGUCAUGAUAAUCCUGAAUUACAAAAUGUUCAAGAUCGUGAAACAGCAAAGACAAAGGAUGGCAUCACAAUUCGUGUUACAGCCUCGACAAUCAGAACAAGUACAGUCGGAACAAGUACAGUCGGGGCAAAACAUGACUUGGUUACGUCAUCUGGCAAAGGAAUUGAAAGCUAUGAAGACAUUCGCCAUUAUCGCUGGAGUCUUCACAU